AAAAUCCUACUCUUCUACCGAAUUACCCAGUCAUUACAUACUACCUACAAAACAUCAAUCAUCUAGCUUGUUGCAUCCAUAUACCUACCCAUUUUUUGAUUUAGUAUUAAUAUAUCUUCUGAUUUAAACAAAUAGUCUUUUGCACAGCCCCCUCCCCCCCCACACACGCACACACAUCAUGAGUUAUCCUACUCCAGCAACAUCAGUCAAAUUGGUAUUAUUAGGCGAAGCAGCCGUUGGUAAAUCCUCACUUGUGUUACGAUUUGUCAGUAAUGACUUCCAAGAGAAUAAAGAACCUACAAUUGGAGCAGCAUUCCUUACUCAAAAAUGUACCAUUGGUGAACGAACAAUUAAAUAUGAAAUUUGGGAUACUGCCGGACAAGAAAGAUUUGCAUCCUUGGCACCAAUGUAUUAUAGAAAUGCACAGGCUGCUAUAGUUGUAUACGAUAUCACCAAACCAGCUUCCUUUAUCAAGGCUAGACAUUGGGUUAAGGAAUUACAUGAACAAGCAGCCAAGGAUAUAACGAUUGCUCUUGUUGGAAACAAAUAUGAUUUAGUACAAGAUGAUGACGAAGGCCAAGGAGAAAGGGAAGGUGUGAGAAAAGUAAGUGUUGAAGAAGGUCAAAAUUUAGCUGCCGAAGAGGGAUUAUUAUUUUACGAAACCAGUGCAAAAACUUCAUAUAAUGUCAAUGAUGUAUUUAUUGGUAUCGGAAACAAGAUUCCUGAAGCUGCUUCUUUGGCAUCUAGCCCAGAACAAAAUAAUAAUGAAGGUAGAAUUGAUUUGAGUACAAAUGCAAGCUCUAAUGGUAAUAGAAAUUUGUGUUCUUGUUAAGAAAUGUAAUUGUUAGAUUAAAGGUUUACUGGUGGUUUGUGUAUAAGCCCAUGGUGCGACAUACUCUUGGAAGACAAGAGUAUUAAUUAUAUAAUGAAUAUACUGUUUGUCAUAUUACUUC